AUGAAGUGGUCAUCCAAUUUUUCCAAAAAACUUGGUCACAGCUAUAAGACUUUAAUAUAUUCAUUACUAUCUGUAUCAUUUAUAACAACUCUAUGCGUUUAUCUUUUAGGCUACGGACACUCCACACCUGCAACUUGGGGUGGCAAGACCUUCUGCAUGUUCUACGCUCUGGCUGGUAUUCCGUUGGGACUCGUGGUAUUUCAGAGCAUUGGGGAACGUCUCAACACAUUUGUAGCAUUUGUGCUUAAGAACUUAAAGAGAGGACUGAGGAUGAGGAACACUGAAGUCUCAGAGACAAAUCUCAUCUGUCUCAUCUCCAUCCUCUCCACUGUCGUCAUGACGACGGGAGCUGCAGCCUUUUCCAAAUACGAAAGAUGGGAUUACUUCGACUCUUUUUAUUACUGUUUCAUCACGCUCACCACUAUAGGUUUUGGUGACUAUGUGGCACUUCAAAAAGAAAGUGCCUUGCAGAGCAAGCCGGAGUACGUGGCUUUUAGUUUGGUGUUCAUUCUCUUCGGACUAUCUGUCGUAUCUGCAGGCAUGAACCUUUUAGUUUUGAGAUUCCUUACUAUGAACACUGAAGAUGAACGUCGAGAUGAGGCGGAAGCUCAGUGUGCUGCCCAAGAAGCAGUCCGUUUAGAGGGUGACGUCAUUACUGCUAACGGCAGUAUCAUAUCUGGUUUAGGACCGGAUGAUUCUGACUCAGACGAUGAUGGAUCAUUGUGCACAUGCCACGCAUGUUGUCCUGUCAGGCGACGCAGGGAGAUGAACACUGAGACUCCUUAUGCACUGAGGAGUAGAUCUCUUAGUAGGUCUCCUCAUGGGAUGCCUCUGCACGUGAUAAGUCCCACUGGCACAAGAGACGAUAUACUGGAAUCCUUGCGAUCAGACUCAGAUCUUUGCAUGGAAUUUCCUGACAUAAGAAAGAAAAGACUGUCCAUCUGACACAGGCUCAUGCUUAAUGAUCUUCAACCAAUUUACUACCAAUAGCAUAUACCAAAGCAUGAAAAUAUCGUAUCAAAAUACAAUGAAAUAAUGCGUUAUUGAUACAGACAAUAUUUUAAGAAUAACAUAUAGAAUCGCUUUUUCUGAAAGCCUGUUGUCUGUUGGAAUCGAGGAACUUAGUUAUAAAAGAAUAACGUUGCUUGAACUCAAGGAUAAUUUUAGGCGGACGAAGAUGGAGUUGGUGAAACUAAUCGAGACCGUUUCCUGGACAAAUUUUCUUCUGGGGCACACAAAUAUUUGAAUGACAACUUAAAUAACCUUGAUUUUCUUUUAAGUUCUUCUCUUAUUAAGUUCAUCUCAGCAGGUACUAAUGAAACAAAUCUAUUUUCAUAAAAAUAGGUGCCACUUGUUAAAAUUCAGCAACUUUGAAUACUAAAUCUGUGUCUUUCAAACUUUGUAGCUUAGAUUUUACAAAGGUUUUGAUGGAAACUUACCUCGCGAGUGAGAAAUUAUUCAAAUCUUCUCUGCACAGUGAUAUUUGGGUGCAUUCCUUGUGGUAACUUCGCUUAUAAUGUUAAGGGUGUUUUCAAGCAAUUUUGCUGCCAGAUAAUAUAUUAUUGAUGGUAUUUCAUUGCACUGAUUAAGUGAACAACAUAAUCACAUCUAAAUGUAGAAGAAUGAUUGUAGAUAUAUAUACAUAUAUAUAUUUUUGUGAAAUGGAAAUGGAAAUUAGAUGCACACGUUUUCUGUUUCUUCUUUUUUUUUUUCAUUUAAACAGAGCUUUCAAGUUCUUUUUAUUACAUAAUGCAUCGAAUUUUCGGAAUUUUUAUUAAUCAGCGAUAUAUGAAUGUCUGGCAGCCUCAGGAAAAACUGGUAUGUAAUUUUGUAUAAUAGUUGUAAUUAACUUUUAUUAUAUGUUCAUGUAAUAAAAUAGUAAA